AUGGCGGCAUCCUUUGAUGCUUGUAUUAAUACUACCACCUCGAUAGAUAGUGAAUUACAGACAUCAAUAUCGACAGAAGAUAUUACUACUCAAAGCUCAAUAUUGUCUUCUGAGAUAUAUACUCAGAUCAACACUGAAGCUCAGUGUAUUGUGUCUGAAACGCAAACGGAUGAAUCAUCAUUCAAUUCAACUACAAAUUGCAAUAAACCUAUCGCUUUAACAGAGGGAACCACUCGAGUUAUAUCAUCAAAUUUCAAUGAACGAGUUAUUCACAUCGAUGAGCUCACCCAGACUAACACUGCCGUUGAAUUUAAUGUAUCAGAUACGCAAAUUUCAAUUGUCGUCCAUGCAAAGAUUGCUACACGGAACUCUCUAUUAUCAUGCGAACAAUGUACACAAACCAACGAAUUAUCUACAGUUAAUGAGUCUGUUACCCAAACAGAUGAAUCGACAUUAAAUAUCGUAUGUACAGAGACUGGUACACAGAGUUCUAUGUUAUCAAGCGAACAAUGUACACAAACCAACGAAUUAUCUACAGUUAAUGAGUCUGUUACCCAAACAGAUGAAUCGACAUUAAAUGUCGUAUACACAGAGACCGGUAUACAGAGUUCUGUGUUAUCAAGCGAACAAUGUACACAAAUCAACUAUAUUGCCGAGGGAAUCGAGUGCAUCACCCAAACAGAUGAAUCGACAUUAAAUGUCGUAUACACAGAGACCGGUACACAGAGUUCUGUGUUAUCAAGCGAACAAUGUACACAGCUCAACUCCAUUGCAGAAAUAAUUGAGUCUGUUACGCAAAUGAAUGAAUUACCUUUGGAUUUAACUGUAAAUUACAAGUCUACAGGGACUCAGUGUUCUUUAUUGUCAUCUGUUAAAAGUUCUCUUUUGGAAACUGUAGAUGUCCUUGAAAAAAGCGAAGUGCAAACUUGUUACAAUAAUCAGGUUUAUAGACCAAAAAUUUAUAGUCUGCGGUGGGAUUUACCUGAACGAAAGCUAAUAAUUAAUCUAGUCUAUGCUUUCAAAGUGCUUCGUUUUUCAAAAGAUUAUUUUUAUAUGGCAAAUGUUAAUGAUAAGCAUGAAAUGAGUAUUUUAAAAAAUAAAAUGAAUCUGUUUUACACUCUAAAUGAUACAGAUAUACAAUUCUAUAAACCACAAUAUAAUGAGCUUUGUGCCAUUACAUACGGUAACGGUAAAUGGUUUAGGGGUAUUUGUGACCUGGUCGAAAAUGAAGUCGAUGUGGAUGAUGUUUAUAAUGUUUAUUUACUUGAUUUAGGGAAACAUGUAAAAGUAAAAUCUGGUAACAUCCGUAAAUUACAGCCGGCCUUUAUGAAAUAUGCACCCCUGGCAAUUAAAUUUUUUUUAUUAAGUUUCAAGUUCAAUGUUGAGAGACAGAAUACUUUGUNAUUUCAAGUUUAA